AUGUCAGACAGCACUUUCGAGGUUAGAUGCCCAUUUGAAAAAUGCAAUUGCGUUUUUAUUACGACCGAUAAGGGCGCUUUUGUCGAACUUCCUGCCCAAGUUGUCGCAGAAUGGUCAUUAUUGCUACCUAAAAAAGAUUACGACGCAAAGGGCAAUUUUUUACUUGUGAAGGACAUAUGGGACUUCACAAAUGCGGGGGUCACACGAAAGGUGCCCCAAACUUUACCUAGUGGUCAUAAACUGGUGAUAGAUGGCGUUCCGCAUGUUACUAAAAAAGUAUUGAAGUACCUGACCUGCGCAGACUGUGAUAGAGGACCAAUGGGUGUAAUGUGCGAAGUAGCAGCUGAUGCAGACGAGGGAGAGCUCAGCAGCUCCCAGACGGUGUGUCUCCUUUCCCUCGAAAGCUGUUCGAUGGUAGCCGAGGUGGCUGAUUAA